CCGCUGCUCCGCUCCGUCUCAAACAGCUAGAGAGUGAGUCAGUGAGAGAGAAAGAAAGAAAAGGAAAAAAAAUAAAAAGGAAAAAACCGAAGCACUUGCCAGGCAGCCAUCCCACUGCAUUUAAAACCCCACUCGUACGAGACGGGAGGGGGAGGGGGAGAACCGGAGAAGAGAACAAGCGAGGCACAGCUCACACAGCAGCGUGCUCCUUUGCCUGCACAGCACAAUCCAUGGCAGCGACCGCGCCCCGCCUACUCCUGCUCGCUCUCAUGGCCGCCGCCCUCGCCGGCCGCUCAGACGGCGCGUGGUGCAUUUGCAGGCAGGACCUGCCGGACGCCACGCUGCAGAAGACGCUGGACUACGCGUGCGGCGACGGCGCCGACUGCAAGCCCAUCCAGCAGAGCGGGGCGUGCUUCAGCCCGGACACCGUCAAGGCGCACUGCUCCUACGCCGUCAACAGCUUCUACCAGCGCAACAACCAGAACUCCCAGGCCUGCGUCUUCUCCGGCACCGCCACGCUCGUCACCACCGACCCAAGCUCCAAUGGUUGCCAAUACCCUGCCUCUGCUAGCGCCGCUGGGACGGGAACGCCGACAACCGGAGGCACGACCGGUGUGUACAGCCCUCCUGGAAUGGGGCUAGGUCCUUCAAGCUUCAACGACAACAGCGGCGCCAGCAUCCUCCCGGUGGCCGGAAUGGUGAAGUGGAUGCUGAUCCUUGCUUGCUGCUCUCUCAUGGCUCUGAACUUUAGCUGAGUUUAGGGCGAUAUCAGUAGGAGACAAGGCACCCUGCCCUCCCUUCCCCCUCUACUGUUCCAGGGGUCUUGUUUCUUGCACUUUUCGUAGUGGUGGUAGUGGCAAGCAGAAAAGAACCCUUUGAUGACAAUGAUGGUAUUCCAUUCUGGUGAAGAAUUUGGGAGUGCGAGACCCUAACCGGGUUCGCAUGUUGUUGCUGCCAUUUC